AUGGGGACCGUACCUGACCCUUUGAGAUCGGCUAAAACUUCCUUGCUUGCAGCUUCUGGAAAAGAAGAGGCUCUAGAAGAAGUGCAGCCUGCCUCACCUCGGUCUCGACCAGCCCUCCUCUGUAAGAACACCAAUGGCCGUUCUGGCCCUCCUGAAGGGCCUGUCCUCAGCCCCAGGGCAGCUGCUGAGGCCUUGAUGCAGGCCUUUGAGCAUGAGACCACCCCGCUGGACAUGUCUUCCCCCAGUGUCUUCAGUGAGGUGGAAAAAGCGUGUCCUCCAUGCAACUCUCCUGGCAAUACCCAGCUGCCAGGAAGCAGUGAGCCCACAGCACCAGCUCCGUGUUCUGCAGCAGGAAAGGAUGUUCUAGACGAAGCAUUUACAAUGCCAGCCAAUCAACACAGCCACCAGGCCAUCCCAGGCGACCAGCCUAGUGCCAGCCCCUUACCAGGACCUGAUGAUACGCUGCUGAAAACCCGGAGAACAUCAGACGGGGAGCAACCUGGAAAGUCAAGUUGUCCUGUGGGCAGCACCCAGAGCAACAGAAAAGCCCAAGUGCCCUGUGAUUUUCCCUCUCAAGAAAUAGUCCAGGGACUGGUGCAAACUGCAAAUACAGCAGCAUCUGUGUUCAGCUACACCUGCUCUCCUGGAGGCGGACCUGAAGGGGAGAGGCCCGGAGCCAUUCGCGACUCCCAGACAAGGUCCUGUGAGUCUCCAGCGAGAGAAGACGGGUGUUCUGGACAUACACAGCGCUCUGCCACCACCUCGGACAGCCAGGCCAUGACUUCUGUGACAUCUCAACCAUCCCACCUCACUAGCCAAGGGUCCGCAUUUCCUCCAGAUCUGGGAAAGGUGCCAUUGCCUGCACAGCACCAGGUUUCAAGGUUCAAAGAAGCAAGUACAAUGACCAAUCAACCUGCUGGUGAGGUCCAGGAGGUUGCCAGCAGGGCUCGGCAAGAUGCUGAGGUGCAGGCAGUGGCAAGUGUCGAGAGCAGGUCCGUCUCCACCAGCCCCAGCAUCCUCACCACCUUCCUAAAAGAAAUCCCCAUUCCCGAGCGUCAGGAACCACAGGAGCAGCUGCGUAUCAUCUGCCAUGGCAGCGGCCAUGGCAGCCACACGCUAGAGCUGUCUGACGACAUCCUAGGCCCCCAGGAGUCGAGCCAGUGCCCUGGCAUCAUGCCAGAGGUGCACAUCCAGGCAACUGCGGCAGUUUCCACAGCUUGCCAAGGGGACUGGAAAUUGGGGAGCCUCCCAGGGGAGGUCCUUCAAAUCUCCACGAUCACUGUGGCAUCUGACAAUGCUCAAGAUAUGUGCAAGGAAGAUGGGGGGUCAGCAGGCAUGGCCCCGACGGGGCUUUCGGACGUGAACUCUAGCUCCCAGAAAGCUAGCCCCACUGACCAGAUUUCUGUUCGUGCAGGAAGUCAAACUGAAACAAAUCACAAAUUGGGGAAAUUUGAAAGCAAGCCAUCUGAGUUUGCAGUGAAAACCACAGAUGGUCCCCAAACAAACCUAGACUGCCAACUCUCUGACUCUUGUGGCCCUGCCAGCAAAGACGACCCGUCUGGGAGCAUGGAUCCCGCUGGUAAAGGACAGGCAACAGAGCCUGCGUCUCCGUGCAGAGUAAAACAGCAGGAAUGUCGGGGCACAGAUAGCCUCGAAUCCAGGGCAAGGGCAGAGGCCAAGACCCUGCUGCUCAACCCUAAAUCUCAAGAAAGUGCAGGCGCUGGAUCCGCUGCCAGCCCCACGCCGUCCCCGGUCAGGAAGAACCAGGACGGUACCUUGGAAGAAAGCAGACAGACCAAGACAGCCACCAGCCUGAGCCUGCCGGCUGACUCCAUGGGGGACUCCAGCCCAGGUUCCGGCAAGAGGACCCCUUCCCGCCUGGUCAAAGCCAGCCCCCGCAGGGCCAGCCGCGUCAGCGAGUUUCUCAAGGAACAGAAGUUAAACGUGACGGCGGCGGCCGCGCAGGUGGGACUCACCCCAGGAGAGAAGAAGAAGCAACUUAGCGCCGACGCCAAGCUGCAGUUGAAACAGUCCAAGCGUGUCAGGGAUGUCGUGUGGGAUGAGCAGGGCAUGACCUGGGAGGUGUACGGUGCCUCCCUGGACCCGGAGUCCCUGGGCAUCGCCAUCCAGAACCAUCUACAAAGACAAAUCAGGGAACACGAGAAAUUAAUCAAAGCUCAAAGCAGCCAGGCCCGGAGAUCCAUUUCCUCAGACACUUCUUCCAACAAAAAGCUCAAAGGAAGGCAGCACAGCGUCCUGCAGUCCAUGUUGCAGAACUUUCGACGCCCCAAUUGCUGUGUUCGUCCCGCCCCUUCUUCUGUGUUAGACUGA